ACAGUCCAUGUGUCUUUGCAUUCUGUUACCAGACCACAUGUCCGUGCAUCGCGUUUGAGCACGCAUUUGCGGUGCUUAAGAGUAUUCACUUUGUUGUAUGCAUACUCCUUCAGGCACACCACCUGAAUAUACCGUAAUUUAAUUCCGCCUGAAUUAUUUUUCCAGAGAAACGUAAUUAAUACACUAACCUCGUGGAUACAGAAAAAAAAAACAAUUGUACUGGGUUCGCUAUCAGAGGAACAUUAGUAGGUCAACCCUGGAACCAUUUAGAUUUAAUCCCCCACUGACUUACACAGAGUCACGAAUAAACUCACGCAUAAUCGCUGGUUUAUGAAUACCAGUUUAAUUAACUCUUUCAAAAAUAUUAUUCUGUAAUCUGAACUGGAGUCGAAUGAAAGAAAAUGGAAAGAAUAUGGAAAGAAAGGCGAGAGAGAUUGGGGCUUUAGGAGAAAAGAGGAUUAGGGCUUUACUGCGUCUGUCUUGACGUAUGGCGAGUGGCGUGAGGGUGGCAGUGAGAGAACAACUGAAGGGUUAUGGGACACGGCAAAGAAAACAAUACACUUCAUAUGUAAUUCACAUUUACAUUUACAUCCGCUCGGACAUUUUAAGGGUCGUAGCAGACGCGUUUUGAGGCUGUCAUUUAAAUAUUGACGUCAUCGGAAAAUAUAGGUUUGGAUAUUUGGGGAAUUUUCAGUAAAGUGCUUUGUCCAUUGGUACGCCAGACGUCGCAUUUCUGGUGCACGCGGGACCGCAAAUGCAGUUUCGCUCCGCCAACUGGUGCGCCACCUGUUAUACCCUCCGUACGAGUGGCUGCACCCUGACGCCAUGUCCGCCCCUCCAUCUCCGGAUAUGCAGCGUCCAAAUACGUCCACCUUAUGUGUACGAUUAUUUUUGCAGAAAUUGCCAAUUUGACUUAUUGUCUCUGGUUCCGUCCAUCGCCUAAUUAUUUGGAAGACGACCAAUGCAUUAUGUGAACCCAGGACUUACAUGUGUAAUAUUCAUGGUCUCAUUAUUCUCUUCUACCUGGGUUUCUACGUCUUCCUGGCGGGGCUCUUUGUACUCACCAUGUACGUGAUGAUGCAGACGCUGGAUGACUACAAGCCCACGUACCAGGACAGGCUGGCCACGCCGGGCAUGAUGAUUCGGCCCAAGGGAGAGGCACUGGAGAUUGUCUACACCAUGGACCACACUGAGAGCUGGGACAUGUAUGUUCAGGCCCUGGACAAGUUCCUCUCCCCCUACAACGACUCCUACCAGGCGCUGACCAAUGACGAAUGCCCCCCCGACCGCUAUUAUAUCCAAGAGGACAGUGGAGACGUGCGCAACAACCCCAAACGCUCCUGCCAGUUCAACCGCACUCUGCUGGAGGAGUGUUCCGGGGUGAAGGACCGUUACUAUGGCUACAACACUGGCAAGCCCUGCAUCCUCAUCAAAAUGAACCGUGUUAUUGGCAUGCUGCCAGGGAUCCACGGGCAAUCUCCGUAUGUAACCUGUGCUGCUAAGAAAGAAGAUGGUGACAAGAUCAGGGAGUUGGCGUACUACCCCCCCAAUGGGACCUUCAACCUGAUGUACUACCCGUAUUACGGCAAGAAGGCCCAGGUAAACUACUCCCAGCCCCUGGUUGCUGUCAAGUUCGUCAACGUCUCCUACGACGCCGACAUCAACGUCGAGUGCAAGAUAAACGCCAACAACAUUGCGCCCCCGAGCGAAAGGGACAAGUUCGCCGGACGGGUGGCGUUCAAGCUCAGAAUCAACACCAGAGUCUAACCGGGUGCACAUUGAGAUAACCCCCCCCCCCCCCCCCCCCGCACAUGCAGACACCUGAACACUGUACACGCAGAACCAGGUAUCAGCAAUAGCGCCCACUAGCGCCCACGAAAAAAAUGGAAAUUUGGGGAUGAUUUUUUCCCCCCAGUCACCUGAUCUGCCGCUGCGAAUGUGUCUAAAUGCAGGCGUUGUUGCAGUGGCAUGAAGGUAAAGCCCCAACUCUAUGCUGUUUCUAUCCUCCCCCCAUUACAACAUCGCCCCCUAAAGUCAAGUCCUUAUACGUCACUCAAUUUAAUUAGGAACAUUCUGUUACGAUUACGAUUUCUGCAAAAUGAGACCCCGCCCCCCCACCUGGCAAAAGAAUAGCAGAAACUAGGAUUGUGGGUGUUCUGCUACUUGUUGAGGAUCCGUUGGGGUGCCUCCGUGUAUCUGAUCACCUGCUUCAGCCUUUUUGAAAUGUGUAUACUGCAUGUCUGGCUCGGAAAGAUUAUAUAUAUUUACAGUCUGAAUAGUCCCACAGGAACUGAAUGAUUUUGCUUGUCUGAAGCCUCUGCACACCCUGACUGCACCGGAACACCACACUUGAGCCUCCUAUGCACGUUGCUCCAUGUUGAACAUGUCGAUUGCUCGACCGUAGGUGUGUAUAGUUUUCUGUGCUCAUCGUUCCCUCCUACCUGGCAACCUGAGGAAGGGGGGGGACACCCUCAUCUGCGACUGACUUGAAGAUCUAGCCCCACCCACCCUCAUUAUGUGUCCUAUAGUAGCUUGCGCCCUCGUGUCCCUUGUCGCGGAAUGAUGAUGUCAGCAGCCCCUUUGCUGCAGAGCUGAGCUUUCGGGACUGUGAUAUAGAUGCAUGGCUUGCUGGAAAGGGGCGUAGGUGUUGGUUUCUGUGGUUGCAGGUGUGUGUUACCCCUGAGAGCCAGGAUCCAGGCCUCUGUAACACCAGCCCUGGGUCUGACCAACUGUGUGUUACUUUAAACUUAACCGUCCACCAUCACGUGUGUGAGUCCUGGAUGAUAUUGCAUCUCUGAUCUGGGUUAUUAAGUGGUGGGGGGGGGGGUCACUACUAUCUACUCUCCCCCUAAAAAUCUUCAUGAUAGCAAUAAAAAUGUUGAUGGCUGGUGUUGAAAUAAUUAAUUUAUUAGCAUAAUCGAUUAUUAAAUAAAUAAACAUUUUGCCGUGUUUCAUAUCCUACGAGACAUUUGCGGGACAAAAUUGUGCAAGAGAUUAAGAGGCUGAUUCAUAUUCAUACAUGCAUACGUACAUUGAUUAGAUAUGUAAUUGAUACUUGAACUGUUUUAACCGCUUAAAUUCCCCGUGUUUCCUAUUUGUUCUAGCAGAGCAUUGUCAGGGCUGCCAGGGUUAAGCCCAAUCCCUUGGGAGCGGUCGUCAUGGUUACAGUUAUGGCACUGCGACGCCUCCAGCCAAUUGCAUACGAGCUGAGGAAUAUCACGCUGAGCCGCGUGGACGUUGCUUGGACGUUGCUCCUUCUGCCCACCUCCCAUCUCCUUCCCGAUUGGACGUUUGCGCCUGUCAAUCACUUGCAUGUUUCCGGUUCAUUUCUGUAUGACGCAGACGUGGGACUGCUCCCUUCUGGCCAUUUUGGCACGCCUUCGGGCUGCCGUUUGCCAUGAGGGGUGGGGGGUGGGGGUGGGAAUCUGCUGAUUGGCUGAAGGGGCAGCCUGAGCGCGUGGGGCGUUAAGCUCGAGGCUCUUGUCUCUGUCCAUCCUCGUAUUAGUUCCAUCUUUUUCCAUUCUCCUCUAAUCUCCCAACCUGGUCUUCUAAUCCAGAUCACUUGUUUUGCACGUCUUUAUCCCCAGCCGAUGUCGUUUGCUUCUCCUCCAUAAUCCCUCGCAUUCCUCUCGCAUAAAUUUGCCUCUAUUACGCUCUGUCUCAGUCAUAUCAUCUUGCAGACAUACUCCGGCCGUCUGUAACAGUCUGUCCCCUUGUCUAAAAAACUGUCGCAUUCUGCCCUGUAGACGGACACAAACACAUUUAUAUUCGCAAGUCUUUUCGAAAAACCCAUGUCAUUCGUACCGUAAUACACUUAUACCCACUGAAAAAUCAAACAAGCGCUUAUGAUAAUGAGAUCAAGGACUUUUACGUCUUUUGUUACUUAGUUCGGUGUGAGACACAUUUUCUUUCACGUUUAUGUGCAGUACACACCUGUUGGUUUCUCUCUGAUCUAGAUUAAUUGCUACGGUCUGAACGAUAUUGAAAUAAUUGAUGUAUAUAAAUAUCAUUUGUCUACACAAACGAUAUUCAUAUACGCAUCUGUGUUUCUUGAUUGUAUUGAUCUCUUAUUAAGUUUUUACAUUUUUAUUUAUAUGAGCAGGUGUUUUCAUUUACAAACUCCGAUUUCAUUUACAAACUCCAGAUUUCUUAAUUGUGUGAACUUAAUGUCUUUCUUAUUUCUCGUUUAUUCUUCCGACUCUGUUACGUAGUGAAUUGGUUUGUAUAAAUACAAACACUAACCGGGAACAUAAUUACAGACUAACCAAGGGUGUUGAGGGUUUAAGGUUAUGGCUGAGGUUUGGGUUUACGGUAAUCCUCUACUCGUCUCCCUGCCCGUUUCCGUUCAGCGCCCUUUGAGCUAAAUGCACGUAUUUUUUUGCCCACGUUAACUUUCAUAUUCUCGAGAAGCGAAGUACUUUGCACGCAAUUUAAUUCGGAUGUGAUCUAAAGCAAUAUACAUAAUAAUAUUUCUCCUAAGGCUGUACAUAUAUUGGUGGUUGCAAUAUAAUAUGAAAAUUAAAUUAGAGAUACAGACAUAUGAUAUAUACACUUUUUGCCAACACGCAAAAACAUUUACAGUAAUUUUUUAUUCUUGUUUAAUUUUAAAGAGCAUAUUAUACUUGGCAAGUACUUUAGUUGACGGCUAUGUAGGUGUUGAUCAGUGCUGAUAAUGUAAUAACUACUCUCAAUACUUGAAAGGUACGCAGAUAUCAGAUACGUACGUUUGACCAAAUAUUCACUAGUGUUUUGUUUUUGUUUAUUUCUUUAUUGCUAUUUAUCAUGAUUUUGGACGCUGCUUGUUGAGUUUUGUUAGCCAUUCCCAACUUGUUAUAAAAUGUUUCGUUAUGGGUUUUGCAUUUGUUUGUGUUAUUUAAAUGAAAGUUACGGAUGAUUUUGGCUUGAUUAAUACUAGCCUCUUCAAGAUAGCUGUGUCACGAAUUUAAUGUUUUUUUACGUUGCGCGUCAAAUCAUAAUAAUUUCUACCAAAUUGCAGGAAAUAUACCCAAUGACCCAACUUUUGCAAUGCACAAUUUCUAACUAGACAGAAAUGCUUUGCACAAAGAGUCAUCGAUCUUUAAACAUUUAACCUAAAUAAAUAUUUUGAGAAACUUCUUAACCGAAGCAGGUUUUAAUUAUUUCCAUGUUGCUAUAUGUUUGUUUUUGUAUUAUCAUAUGUAUAUUAAUUUUCAUUGCUUGUGUCUACUGUAAAGGUGAUGCUAGACAAACCAAUAAAAUAUUUUUUAAACGACAUAUAUUUUUAAAAGGACAUGAUAUUAAUUCGGUAUUGAGAUUAGUCUGGUGAGCCUGGUUUUAUGGCUGCUGCUCGGUUGCGACCGAGAUAGAUGGCGCUCGAUGAAGAAAUUCAGUUGCAAAUCACCUCGCUUUAAAAAAAAAAACAUUUAUGCCUGAUAGAUGAGCAAUGCCGAAAGCAAUUUUCAGCAAAAUUUUAUUAAAGACUUUGACUUGACUACA